CCUACAGCCAUGGCCACCACCGUAAGCUCCAGUGUGAGCACUGGCAGCUCAGACCUGGCUUCUCUGUCCCAGAACAUCAACAAUGCAGCUGACAUCUCUGUCAUUGUCAUCUAUUUUGUGGUGGUGCUAGCUGUUGGAAUAUGGGCAAUGCUGAAGACGAACCGAAGCACUGUUGGCGGCUUCUUCCUGGCAGGUCGAGCUAUGACCUGGUGGCCAAUGGGUGCCUCCAUGUUUGCAAGCAACAUUGGCAGUGGCCACUUUGUGGGCCUGGCUGGGACAGGUGCAGCUUCAGGAAUCGCCGUGACAGCAUUUGAAUCACACUCGUUCCUCUUGUUGCUGCUCCUGGGGUGGUUUUUUGUGCCCAUCUACAUCAAGGCAGGGGUGAUGACCAUGCCGGAAUACCUCAGGAAGCGGUUCGGUGGGCAGCGGCUCCAGAUCUACCUCUCGGUCCUCUCCCUCUUCAUCUCGGUGAUUCUGAAUAUCCCAUCCAAUAUAUUUUCUGGAGCCAUAUUCAUAAAGCUGGCUUUCGGGUUGGACCUUUACCUGGCGAUCUUCAUCCUUUUGGCUAUCACGGCUGUUUUCACAAUCACGGGUGGCUUGGCAUCUGUGAUUUACACUGAUACCUUCCAGGCCAUUAUCAUGCUGGUUGGAUCUUUCAUCCUCAUGGUGUUUGCAUUUAUUGAAGUCGGAGGCUAUGAGAGCUUCACAGAGAAGUACAUGAACGCCAUCCCCUCUGUAAUCCAGGGGGACAACCUGACCAUCAGCUCCAAGUGCUACACUCCUCAGCCGGACUCCUUCCACAUCUUCCGAGAUGCUGUCACUGGAGACAUUCCAUGGCCGGGAACUGCAUUUGGAAUGAUUAUUACGGCUAUGUGGUACUGGUGCACAGACCAGGUCAUUGUACAGCGCUGCUUAUGUGGCAAGAACAUGUCCCACGUGAAGGCUGCCUGCAUAGUGUGUGGGUACCUGAAGAUACUGCCCCUGUUCUUCAUGGUGAUGCCAGGGAUGAUCAGCCGCAUUCUGUACACAGAUAUGGUGGCCUGUGUUGUGCCUUCUGAGUGUGUAAAGCAAUGUGGUGUUGACAUUGGCUGCACCAACUAUGCCUACCCAAUGUUGGUGCUGAAGCUGAUGCCCAUGGGACUUCGAGGCCUGAUGCUGUCAGUGAUGGUGGCCUCUCUCAUGAGCUCCCUGACCUCCAUCUUCAACAGCUCCAGCACCCUCUUCACCGUGGACCUCUACACCAAGAUCAGGAAGAAGGCGUCUGAGAGAGAGCUCCUGAUAGCCGGACGGCUGUUUGUCGCUGUGUUGAUUGUCACCAGCAUCCUGUGGGUCCCCAUCGUAGAAGUAUCUCAGGGUGGACAGCUGAUCCACUAUACAGAGUCCAUCUCUAGCUACCUGGGGCCUCCUAUCGCAGCUGUCUUCGUGCUCGCCAUCUUCUGUAAAAGAGUCAAUGAACAAGGAGCAUUCUGGGGUCUGAUGGCUGGACUCUUAUUGGGCCUUAUCCGUAUGAUCGCAGAGUUUUCUUACGGGACAGGGAGUUGCCUGGUCGCCAGUAACUGUCCCACGAUCAUCUGUGGAGUGCACUAUCUAUACUAUGCCAUCAUUCUCUUCUUCGUGUCUAUGUUGGUUGCCCUGGGAGUUUCUUUCCUAACAAAACCCAUCCCUGAUGUACACCUGUAUCGCCUGUGCUGGACUCUCCGGAACAGUGAAGAGGAAAGAAUCGAUUUAGAUGCAGAGGAGAAAGGGGAGGAAGACACUGAUGACAGGAAUGAAGACGAUCAAACGGAGAAACCUCGUGGAUGUCUCAAGAAGACUUAUGAUUUAUUCUGUGGUUUGCAAAAAACAGAGCCCAAGCUAACUAAAGAAGAGGAAGAAGUCUUGAAAAAGAAACUCACAGACACCACAGAGGAGCCCUUCUGGAGGAAUGUCAUGAACACCAAUGCCAUCGUCCUCCUGGCGGUGGCGGUUUUUUUCUAUGGCUAUUUUGGCUGAGCUCUAUUUCACCCUCAGCAACACAACUCGAUGUAAUUUUCUCCUCUGUAUUCUGUUAGGACUUUGAUUUUUAUAUACCAUUGCUUCUUAAAAUUUUUUCAAACACUACCACUUACACAGAGGUAACUUUUAUAUAAAUAUAAAUUAUUUUACAUAGAUUAGAUCAUAUAUUCAUGUUUAUAACAGUGAUAUUUUAUGGGUAUUUUCUACUUUAUAGGAUUUUUAACUAUUUCAAUAACUAUCACAUAAUAUACAUAUUGUAAUUUAAUAAACAUCAUAUCUCCAGUUUUUCUACUUCUAUUUUACAAAGAACACUAUGGUCAUUGACUACGCAUUUAUUUAUUUUUUUAAUUUAUUUCUUCUUAUCUCAUACAACAUAUUCCAACUACAGUUUCCCCUACCUUGAUUUCUCCCAGCUCCUUCUUCCCCUCUCCCACAGAUCCACUUCUCUGAUUUCCUUCAGAAAAGAGCAGGCGUCUUAGGGAUAUCAACCGAACAUGGCAUGAGAUACAAUAAGACUAAGCACAAAAUCUCAUAUCAAGGCUGGGUGAGGCAAGCCAAUAGGAGAAAGAGACUCCUGAGGCAGGCAAAACAGUCAGAGACAUCACAUCCCACUGUUGGAGUCCCAUGAAAACAUCAUGACAUCAUCAUCAUCAUAGCCAUGGCAUACGCAGAGGACCUAGCACAGAUCCACGCUGACUUCGUGACUGCAGCUUUAGUCUCUGUGAGCCACACAAGCCCUGCUUAGUUGAUGUUUAUGAACCUCGUUCUUAUGGUGUCCUCAACCCCUUCAGCUCCUAAAAUUCUUGCUCCCUCUCUUCCUCAGGGCUCCCUGAGCUCUAAGUUGAAUUUAUCUCAUUUUUCCUUUAAAAUAUUUUUUCAGACAAUAUAGUUCCAUCAUAUUCCUUCGUUUCCUGAAUUCCUCCCAGAUCUUCCACACACCUCUACUCACCCACCAACUGAAUAUCCCAUUUAACCGUGGGGUGAAGAGGCACUUCUGGGCACACAUACCAUGCACACAUGCGUACACACACACACACACACACACACACACACACACAAUGCAUCCGAAUACCCUAUUUAACUGUGGGGUGAAGAGGCACUCCUGGGCACACAUACACACCAGACCCUGUUUUGCAUUUGUUCUGCUUCUGGAUAAUUCCAGCUCCGGAGGGAAGAGAUGCUUCCUGACUUGUUUUACCUUUUAUGACCCAACUUUUAGGUAACAACCUUUAAUGGCUGCAGAGCUAACUGCCACAUGCAGUUUCCCCAUCUGUCAGCGAGUGGCUGACAAUAAAACUGUCAGCAGGACAGGAAGCAUGGUGGCAGGCAGACAGACACGGUGCUGGAGAGGUAUCUAAGAAUUCUAUACCUGAAAUAUAUAGAAAGUGACCCUGAGCCUCACUUGAGCAUCUGAAACCUCUAAGUCUACCCCCAGUGACAAACUUCUUCCAACAAGGCCACACCUACUCCAAC